AUGAACCCUUCCCCAGAUUUACGAUUAAUCAGCAUCUCAAAUCUUCCUCCUUUCCCUCCCAAUCCUUCGACUGCAUACGCUCAAUCGCAAUGCUUUCGACAGGAGACGUCUUUCCACGGCGAAUACCGAUCUUACCCGAAGGCGAGCAACGGAACCGUGCGAUUCGUGAGCGACUGGGAACACUGCCACUGGGAUCUCCCCACACCGCCUUCCCCGCCGCCGGCAGCCCGCAGGAGCGUCGUCCUUCGCACUCCGCCGCCAGUGGAGGCGGAGCGGGAGGAGAUGGAGCCCCGUCACUGGAUCAUGAUCGGGGUGGUCAUCCUGGUGGCCUCAGCCGUCGGGCUUGGGGUCGGCCUUCCCCUCGCCUUCAAGGGAGCAGGCACCCUGGAGGACCGGCUCAAGGUCGUCUUCAAAGUCUUGGACGAAGUCCCUCUCGUCGACGGACACAACGACAUGCCCUGGAACAUCCGGAACUUCCUGCACAAUCAGCUGCGGCAGGUGGACCUGUCAGCAAACCUGAAAAACGUGAGACCCUGGAGCGAGAGUGCAUGGUCGCACACUGACUUACGGAGGCUUCGAGAAGGAAGGGUUGGAGCCCAGCGUGGAACAGGGGUUUCAAUCAGUUUGCCUUCGUGGCGAGAUGAAUGCCUGGAAGAGGAGGGAGAGAGAGAGCUUUAUCCGAAGAGAAGACGUGUGGCAUUGUCUCGAAGCACCGGAAAUGAACAGGGACACAACGACAUGCCCUGGAACAUCCGGAACUUCCUGCACAAUCAGCUGCGGCAGGUGGACCUGUCAGCAAACCUGAAAAACGUGAGACCCUGGAGCGAGAGUGCAUGGUCGCACACUGACUUACGGAGACUUCGAGAAGGAAGGGUUGGAGCCCAGUUCUGGUCGGCAUAUGCUCCGUGCCCGUCGCAGUACCUGAAUGCUGUCCAGAUGACCCUCGAGCAAAUGGACUUAAUCAAGAGGAUCGUUAAACAAUACGAAGAAUACCUCGCAUUCGUCGACACUUCAGACGGUGUGAGGGAAGCGCACGGAAGCGGUAGGAUCGGAAGCCUGAUCGGAAUCGAAGGCGGUCAUUCGAUUGGGAAUAGUCUGGCUGUCCUCAGAAUGUUCUACGACCUGGGAGCCCGGUACUUGACCCUCACCCAUUCCUGCAAUACACCGUGGGCGGAAGCGGAUGCUCGGGAGAGGGGCUUCGAAAGCGCAGCGUCCCGGGUCCAUGGUCUCACACCAUUCGGGGAAAAAGUAGUGAAGGAGAUGAACCGGCUGGGGAUGCUGGUGGACCUGAGCCACACGCACCAGAACACGAUGCGGCAUGCGCUGAAGAUCUCCGGUUCCCCCGUCAUGUUCUCGCAUUCCGCCGCCGCCUCCCUCUGCAAUCACUCCCGGAAUGUCCCCGACGACGUCAUUCGAUCCCUCGCAUUGAACGGAGGUAUCAUUAUGGUCCCUUUCUAUCCGACCUUCAUCUCGUGCAGUGAGACCGGAAAGCUGAAAGAUGUCAUCGAUCACAUCAAUCACAUCCGGGAUCUGGCUGGGAUCGACCACGUAGGCAUCGGAUCGGACUUCGACGGCAUUAACAGUACUCCUUCCGAGCUGGAAGAUGUAUCAAAAUACCCCUACCUCUUGGCCGAACUUCUAAAGGACCCUAAAUGGAGUGCCAGCGAUCUGAAGAAGCUGGCAGGCCUUAAUUUCCUCAGGGUAUUCUCGGCUGUCGAGAGGGUUAGUCGGGAGAUGAAACGAGGAGGAGUUCUUCCCGAGGAGGACCUCAUUUCAACCGAGGACCUCAAGGGCCACACCAACUGCACGUAUUCUCCGUAAUUUAUUUUAAAUCCUCAGUGAUGCCCUGCCUGUGAUGAAAGGGGAGAAGUCGAAGGACGAGGCGAACAGAAAGAAAUCCACGUUCUUCCAUGAUUAAACCCAUCGAUUGCAGAUAACAUUUCGUAGACUUUUUUUUUUCAUCGCGCCAGAUAUGUGAGUGAGCCCCCCCACUGUGACCGAUGUUGAUCUGUUCAAUUUGUAUGCCCCCCCCACCCGACCUUCUCGGCCCUCCUUUCCUCCCG